GCCCUGCAGCAGGCCGCACUGGCUUUUGUCUGCGUGUGGGUUUGCGCAGCCGUAGUCAGUAAGGCUGCUGGCAGGUCAGUGCCCCCAGGCGAGUCGGGGUCUAGCUAGCAGGCGGCCGCUUGGCCCUUCCAUCGCCUCCAAGGCUUGAAGCAGGCCAGGCCUGCCAGUUGCGAAGGAGCAAGCCCUGAGGGGAGAAGUCUGCGGCUAGAGAGGAGUCCAGCUGUACCGGAGGAGGAGGGAGGGAGAAUGAAUGGGAGAAAGGACAAAGUGGAUUUUGUGUGGAGAAUAUAAUCUUCCCUACCCAGAAUCUCCGUAUCCUGAAAUUAUCUGUCCCCCAGGAGCUUCCGGAGACACAGCAGUCAUCCUCUCUUCUCGUUCUCUCCUUUUGGGGACUCUGAAGUUUAGACCUUAAACCUACAGUAUGUGGAGAGGCAGAGCUGUAAGUACUAUCUACUUGUUCUGACCAAGCUCUAUUUGCUGGAUUCCCCAGGAACAGACUCCAACUUCAGGCAGUAAGUACCAGGUGCUCAAGAACAGCCUGUGGAAGCAUUAUAUGAAGAGGUGGUGAUUAAGGUCCUACAGCAGGAGUGGACAUGUUUGGAUUUCCAACAGCUACCCUGCUGGACUGUCAUGGAAGAUAUGCACAGAAUGUAGCAUUUUUCAAUGUGAUGACAGAGGCCCACCACAAAUAUGAUCACUCUGAGGCCACAGGAUCUUCAAGCUGGGAUUUCCAGAAUUCUUUCAGAAGAGAGAAGCUGGAGCAAAAAUCCCCAGAUUUUAAGACACUACAGGAAGAUCCACCUGGAGUGAAACAGAGGGUCUAUGAGUGCCAGGAAUGUGGAAAAUCCUUCAGGCAAAAGGGUAGUCUAACAUUACAUGAGAGAAUCCACACUGGUCAAAAGCCCUUUGAGUGUACUCAUUGUGGAAAAAGUUUCAGGGCCAAAGGCAAUCUUGUUACACAUCAGCGAAUACACACAGGAGAGAAGCCCUAUCAGUGCAAGGAGUGUGGGAAAAGCUUUAGUCAACGAGGUAGUCUGGCUGUUCAUGAAAGACUCCACACUGGACAGAAACCCUACAAGUGUGCUAUUUGUCAGAGAAGUUUCAGGAACCAGAGUAACCUUGCUGUUCAUAGAAGAGUUCACAGUGGUGAGAAGCCCUAUAGAUGUGAUCAGUGUGGAAAAGCCUUCAGUCAGAAAGGAAGCUUAAUUGUUCACAUCAGAGUCCACACAGGCCUGAAACCAUAUGCCUGUGUACAGUGCAGGAAGAGUUUCCAUACCAGGGGAAAUUGUAUCCUGCAUGGCAAAAUCCACACAGGAGAAACACCAUAUCUAUGUGGCCAAUGUGGGAAAAGCUUCACUCAGAGAGGAAGUCUGGCGGUGCACCAGCGAACCUGCUCACAAAGGCUCACCCUUUAACCACAUUUUCCAAAGGGAACUCUGAAUUAAGAGUAUAAAAUCAUCUGUGGACUAUCCAGUUCUAUGGACUGAAUGGAGACUCUCAGAAAGACCAUCAUUGGGUAGAACAAACUGACUUUUCUUUUUUCCAAAUGAAUAUGAAAAAUAAAUGUCUUGUUUAUCAUCAUCAUCAUGAUGUUUAUUUUAUAAUUUAUGUCAGUUUAUUUUGACCUAAUUUCCCAAGGUACUUUCAUUAAUCUAGUACACACUCAGAUAUUGUUCUGUGCGUAGCA